AAGCAUGUGACAUGUUUCAUUUAUUUCUAAACAAUAACUUGCAACAUGCGUUUGUGAAGUAAAUAACCUCGAAAUGAGAUUAGACAUUUUAUUUUUUAUUACAUUACCAGCCUGUACCGUUGUAAAUAGUUUUUGUAUAGGAACUCAAACUUACCUAUGUACACAGAGAUCUUCCAGUUAUGUAUAUUACACAACGGAAUGUGGUUUUCUGAAUUGGGAGAGGUGUGGCAGGUCAAGGAAAUAUUAUGACCAUUCGUAUAAAAGAUGUACACGGUCUUGUCCGCCAGUUGACGGUAAAUGGGGAUCUUGGAUAAGUAGCAGCAGUUGGUCAAAAUGUACGAAUAGUUGUGGAAGUGGUCAUCAAGUAAGGAAAAGAACAAGAUCUUGUGAUAAUCCAGAACCAAACAAUGGUGGAAGACAAUGUUAUGGACUCAAAACUGGAGAAGAAAAUAGAUAUUGCCACCACAAUCCAUGUCCAGUUGAUGUCAACGGAGGUUGGUCUCCUUACGGAAAUUGGAGUUCUUGGACAUCGUGUACUGUACCAUGUGAUAGAAGUACCAAGUCAAGAGGCAGAAAUAGGGAAUGUUCGAAUCCGGAACCGAAAUACGGCGGGAAACAAUGUGUUGGUAGUCCAAAUGAAACUGUUACACUCCCUUGUAACGCAAAAGCAUGCCUAGUUGAUGGCGAUUGGAAAGACAAUAGUCAGUGGUCACCAUGGGGUACAUGUAAUGUAACAUGUGGAGGAGGAUUUUAUAGUCGGUACAGAAACAAGAUAUGCGAAAAUCCAGAUCAUAAAUAUGGUGUAAUGAAUUGUUCUGGCAGUAAUACGGAACGGCAAAAAUCUACUUGUAAUACACAAGGGUGUAUAUCAUCAGGUCUUUACUAUGUAAUUAUACCAGGAACACUGAUCCCUUUACUGGUUGCUAUUAUUGUGUGUGUGAUAGUUCGGAAGAAGAAAAGGAAUCGCACAAACGCUACUACACAUUGUAUCCAGAAUGUUGCAUACAUGAAGUCAGGGAGAGAUAACUCAACAUCCGAAGAUAAACAAAUUUCACAUAAGUUGGAAGAAAAGCAAAUUACAGAUGGAAAGAUAGAGAAUCUAUAUUUAAACACGAACAAUAAUCUGAAUUGCAGUUCUAAUAAUGAUCAGGGCGAUAAUACCUACGAUUAUGCUGAGGAGGAGGAUCAUUUUGAUAAAAAUGUCGAUGACGACGAUCUUUAUGAAGAAAUUACUGUAAGAUGUUAAAGGUUAUUAUUUGAAUAGAAAAUGUAUUAGAAAAUCAGAUAAAAAACGAUAAUAAAAUCAUUCUAAGAAACUGAGGACAAUAGAAAAAGGUAAUUUUUAUAUAAGAUGUCAGCCUUGGACCAAAAAUAUGUCUUAAACCUCAGGAAUGUACUAUAGGUUAACCUUCCGGAGCACCUGAGAUCACCCCUAGUUUUUGGUGGGGUUCGUGUUGUUUAUUCUUUAGUUUUCUAUGUUGUGUCAUAUGUACUAUUGUUUUUCUGUUUGUCUUUUUCAUUUUUAGCCAUGGCCUUGUCAGUUUGUUUUAGAUUUAUGAGUUUGACUGUCCCUUUGGUAUCUUUCGUCCCUCUUUUAAAUGUUAAGACAACUAUACACCAGUUUGCUCUGUCCCCGAUUGUAUAAGUUGCUUAAUGGCGAUUCAAGUAUUACUGUUUCUAACAAUGAUGUUAAUAAAAUUUGUCGAAAACAAAUAAAUGCUUUUUGUAAAAAAAAGUAUGGUUUUGAAGUUUUAUUUGAACAAGAUUUUUUUUUAUAAUUUGCGCCUGAUACAAGGAUGUGCCAAAAAAAAAUGAAUAUAGUGUAAAUAGAUAAGAAAAAUUUUUCAAUGAAAUUACCUGUUAAUGAGUUUGUUUCCUUGGUGUGACUAUACUUUUUUUUUUAUCCAAAAUAAACAUAAAUGUUGAUACAAAACAAUAAAAUUCUAACAGUUGAAAUGAAUAUGCAUAUUUUGUUAUGGUUUUGUUUCCAUAGCAACUCGUCAAAUGAGAAAUCUGUUUAUUUUCUGAGCAUCUUUAUCAUAAAUACUGGUUGUAACGAAAGAAAUGUACUAAAUAGUGAGCCAAAUACGGACCUUAUUGAUCUAACUCCUUAAGUCCCCCAUGGUUAGGCUUUAUGACUAUCUCGUCUCCUUUAAAUUUAUUAGUUUUUGUUCUUAUUGAGAUUGUGACACGAUGAUUACUGCUGUACCCCUAUUUUGACAAUUUUACCUAUUAUGUCUGUUUUGUUCACGCAUCAAUGUAAACAUAAUGGGAUUUGAUUCAACCGUCAUACAAUUUGAUUAAAUGUUUUCGUGUUGUAAGUAGCAAUAAGGGUAAAUGUAUCUUUUCAUAAAGACCUUUGGAGGGGACUCAAUUGUUAGAUCGUUGUUGAAUCGAGUAAUAAACCUUAAGUGUACGUCUACUGCAAACUUCGAUAUUUUGUUACAUUUGCUGUCACCUGCAAUAUUGUAAAUUAUUCAGAUACUUGUUUGAUCAUAUUUCAUUACCGAAUCGAAAAGAGCUAAUUUACUAUUUCUCCCUCUAAAAAGAGAUAUGUUAUUGUUCACAUUAAAAUGAAAUAUUCCUUUCUUAUUCAUUUAAACAUAAUCUCGCAAAAUAGUACAAUUAUAAAGGGGGGGGGGAAUCCACCAAACUAGACAUAAAUAUUAGUGAUUUUCCCUGUUAAAAAAACCUGUAACUGCAUGAAAAAAACCAACAAAAAAACAACAAAAAACAAACACGAAGCUAUAUUUUCCAUACAUUGUACAGUGUAACAUGUAUAUUAUCUUUCAAUUCUCAUUUUAAUAUUUUUUAAAAACAUAUUCAAUCAUUCGAUUUUGAUGUUUCGAGCUUGUUGUCAUUUGUUUUUUAUACUCAGUCAUAAAAAGUGUUAGAAAUAUCAUGAAGAUUUAAUGAGAUUUGCUUGAAAUUUUAAAAUG